AUGGCUCUUUGGUAUCAAACUCCUCCUCCUCCUACAUUGAAUCGUAUCUCACCCACUCUCAAACUCAACUCAUUACGCUGCACCUGCAGCUACAACCUGUCUAUUCCGAAUUCCAGACCCACCCACAUACCCGAACUUGAACCCGAACCCAUAUUCGCCUCCGUCAAAACCUUCAUUCCUGCCACCGUGGCUAACCUUGGCCAUGGCUUCGACUUCCUCAGCUGCGCCGUUGACGGUCUCGGAGACUUCAUCUCCCUCUCCAUCGACUUAUCCGUCCAUCCCGGCAAGAUCUCCAUCACGAAAAUAUCUGGCGACGCCGCUGGAAAAAUCAGCCGCGAUCCUCUGUCCAAUUGUGCUAGAAUCGCCGCGAUCAAGUCGAAUGGGGUUCAUGUGAAGGAUGGUGGCGGUGGGGUUAGAGUGGCAGAUCAGAAACUUCUCUUUUUGUGGAUAAACGACGGAUUAGAGAUUUGGCAGCUUCAGUUGAGGGUGGAAAAUGUUUUCUGCCCAAACUAG